GUUUUGCAAUGUCAGGGCAUUCCAAUUGGGGGGUCUUGUCUAUAAACACCAUGGACUUGGAAACGCUUGUAUUUACUCGUUGGCGGAAUGCGGGAAAUCGCUUACAAGAUCUCUGGAUUAGUGUACUCGACAUUACCGGCGAUGAUCCCUUGAGGCUUUGGGUCUUUGGCAGCUGCCUUGUGAUUUUCACCGUCUAUUGGAUCUAUGCGGCCUUAUUUACCAUUAUGGAUAUUACAAAUCGUCCGAAAUUCUUAAGAAAAUACAAAAUUCAACCGGGUAAAAACGAGCCAGUCGAUUUGACAAAACUGUGGAAUGCCAUUAAAGUGGUUUUUGUUAAUUUAACUUUGGUUAAUUUGCUGACCACAUGGACCGUCUUUGAGUUGAUCUAUAAGCAUCAUAAUAGUAAGGAUAUACGAGAAUUGCCAACUUUCGGCCGAUCGAUACGAGACAUAGCCGUGUUUGUGGUGCUGGAGGAGAUCUUGUUCUACUAUGCCCAUCGUUUGCUCCAUCAUAAGGCAUUCUACAAAUAUGUGCACAAGAAACAUCACGAGUGGACGGCACCAAUAGCUGCAAUUACAUUGUAUGCCCAUCCUGUGGAACAUAUGUUGGCCAAUUUAAUGCCAGUUGGCCUAUCCAUAGCCCUGUUGGGCACUCAUGUAGCUUUGGCCUGGAUCAUCUUUGGCUUGGCCAUACUUAAUUCAAUGAGCGAUCAUACUGGCUAUAGUUUUCCCUGGUCAGCGGAUUCAGUGCGUUUCCAUGAUUAUCAUCAUGCCAAAUUCAACUAUAACUUUGGUGUUAUGGGCUGGUUGGAUAAACUUCAUGGAACGUAUCGGAAAGAAGUAACACAAAAGGAGAAGCUGGCACUGAAAAACAAAAAAUCCAAAUUGAACAAACGAAAAAUUCAAUAGAGAGUUGUUUAAUAAAUUGUUGGUGUACUAGCAA